AUUUUAAAGAGAUCUUUUUCUAAAAAAUACGCCUCCUCAUCAAUGAUUUUAUUUUUUCCUUUUCCUUUUCUUCUCCCUCCACCUUACGCAUCCCUGUGUUGGGGGAUUCUGUAAUGUAUUUAUAGUGUUCCGACAGAUACGGCUCCUGUAUUCUCAGGCGUAGUGUGGGGCCAAAUUUUCCCAACAGCAGCUUCAAUGUAAACUUCUAAAGUCCUACAAACGCCAGCAGGCGAAAUCAGGCUGCCAGACAGGAGGAGAUGACUAAAUAGGAAGGAGGAGAAGAGAGCGGACCGGCGUCUCCGUCUCGCUGGCGGUGUCACACGCUACUCGGAAAGACGGAAUGGAAUAAAGGGGGUGCGCCCAAAAAAGCAAGCCAAGCGAUGAAAGGAUUAUGACCUGGACGAAAGGCAGAUGAAGGGAGCUACUCAUCUCUCCUUUCUCCAUUGAUCAUCCUCCCCUUUUCUAUGUUUUUUGUGUAUAGAUACUUGUAUCUUUCUUUUUUUUGGUCAUAUAUUUUUGUCAUAAGGAAAGAGAGGACAAAGCCCGCAGAAAGGACAACGGAAUUCUCACAGUUGAAAUAUAUCAUUACUACCCAACGUGUUAGCGGUAUUAGAUUAUUAAUAACUUUGAUAUUACAUGUAUUCUUCACAAACAGAUUUCAUGUCAAGCUUUCUCUUCACUCACCGCUCUUCCUCGCUUGAAACGUGACAAAGCCCAUCAGCCCUGUAACUUUGCUUCUGUGAGAUAAAAAGAUUUAAACUUUCGUGGACUACACAAUUAUUUCUGUCCUUUUGAUCACCGAAGUUUUCAAAUGUUUGCCUUCAUCAAAGAUAAAGUUUUAACGUCAUUGAAUUACUUUGACGUUUUUUGAAAAUAUGUGCUCUAAUUUAGCUGUCCGUACAUUUAUUACUGACAGCACUCGUUUUCACAUUCUAUUUACCUGAAUCUUUAACGCAACUAUUUUUAAGGGACGUCUGUGGUUUUUGUUCCUUUUAUUGUAAACUAUUAUGAAAUAUCAUCUAAACAUUAAUCUAGACCCACAUUUCAGCUGCUUAUAGAAACUUCCGGUUAAUUUUUUUUUACCAGAUCUAAGUGUUUAAAGUGACCUUUUAAAGCCAUUUGAGUGCAGACAGAAAUCCCACAUUUUCAUUCGUCUGUUCCGCACAUCAACAUCCUCCUCACGCUCUCCACUGCGUGCCCCCCCCCCCAGUCCUUCAUCCUCUUCUUCCUCCAUCACUAUUUGUUUGACUUCACCAGUUCAUCCAAUACCUUAGGCUAUGAGAGGUAGAGGGAAGGACCAGGUCAUUCCAACAUGCCAAUUCUGAGAAGCAGGGAGGAGAUUUGCGCUGGACAUGAACAAGGGAUUGCUUUUACACUCCUCCAUCAUGCCUUUCUGCCUCUCCGCUUCUCCUCCUCAAGACCGGCGUAUCACCCCACUCUUCUCCCCCCCCGAAAGCGCCCCCUCUGCCCACAGGACGCCAUUCCUGUCCCUCUCUGUAAUUGUCCUCGUCCUGCUGCUGUUCCCAGUCUGCGAGUCCCGGCGAGGCGGAGGAGGCGGGCCCGGCGGUGGCGACAGGGGCGGGGCCGUGAUCAUCCCACCUCAUUACCCGCCGGUGGUGGCCCUCCCGCCCCCCUCCUCCAAGUUGUCCCGCCUGAGCAUCGCCGUGGUGCUGGUGGGCAACUCCAGCGAGCUGGCAUUGGCCGAGAGCCGCGAGAAGGAGGACUUCCUGCACAUGCCGCUGCCGCCCAACGUGGAGCUGGUCAAGAACAGGACGGACCCCAAGAGCAUCAUCACGUGCAUCUGUGACCUGAUGACCAAGCACUGGCUGCAGGGCGUGGUGUUCGGCGACGACACCGACCAGGAGGCCAUCGCCCAGAUCCUGGACUUCAUCUCGGCCCAGACGCACAUCCCCAUCCUGGGCAUCCGUGGGGGCUCCUCCAUGAUCAUGGUCGCCAAGGAUGACAACUCCAUGUUCUUCCAGUUUGGUCCCUCAAUUGAACAGCAAGCCUCAGUCAUUUUGAACAUCAUGGAAGAAUAUGACUGGAACAUAUUCUCCAUCGUUACCACCUACUAUCCUGGCUACCUGGACUUUGUUAACAAGAUCCGCAGCACCAUCGAGAACAGCUUCGUGGGCUGGGAGCUGGAGGAGGUGCUGCUGCUGGACAUGUCGGUGGAUGAUGGAGAUUCCAAGAUCCAGAACCAGAUGAAGAAGCUGCAGAGCCCCGUCAUCCUGCUCUACUGCACCAAGGAGGAGUCCACCACCAUCUUCGAGGUCGCCCACUCCGUGGGCCUCACGGGGUAUGGCUACACCUGGAUCGUGCCCUCGCUGGUGGCCGGGGAUGCCGACAAUGUUCCAGCAGUGUUUCCUACAGGUCUCAUCUCCGUCUCGUAUGACGAAUGGGACUAUGGGCUGGAGGCCCGAGUUCGGGAUGCGGUGGCAGUCAUCGCCAUGGCGACGUCCACCAUGAUGCUGGACAGGGGGCCCCACACUCUCCUAAAGUCCGAGUGCCACGGGGCCCCUGAGAAGAAGGGCUCCAACACGGGGAACCCCAAUGAGGUGCUCAGGUAUCUCAUGAAUGUGACUUAUGAUGGACGCAACCUGUCAUUCAGUGAGGACGGCUAUCAGAUUUAUCCAAAGCUGGUCAUUAUCCUUCUGGACAAGCAGAGGCAGUGGGAUAGGGUGGGAAAGUGGGAGAAUGGCUCGUUGGCGAUGAAGUACCACGUGUGGCCGCGCUUCGAGUUGUUCUCGGACGCCGGGGAGCAUGCAGACGACCACCUGUCCAUCGUUACGCUGGAGGAGGCGCCCUUUGUCAUCGUGGAGGACGUGGACCCGCUGAGCGGCACCUGCAUGAGGAACACGGUGCCCUGCCGGAAGCAGCUCAAAGGCCUCAAUCAGACAGGGGGGGAAGCUGGCAUCUACAUCAAGCGUUGUUGCAAGGGCUUCUGCAUCGACAUCCUGAAGAAGAUCGCCAAGUCAGUCAAGUUCACCUAUGACCUCUACCUGGUGACCAAUGGGAAGCAUGGAAAGAAGAUCAACGGUACUUGGAAUGGCAUGGUUGGGGAGGUGGUGGUGAAAAAUGCCCAUAUGGCGGUGGGCUCCCUCACCAUCAAUGAGGAGAGGUCAGAGGUCAUCGACUUCUCUGUACCCUUCAUCGAAACGGGUAUCAGUGUCAUGGUCUCCCGUAGCAACGGCACUGUGUCUCCCUCGGCCUUCCUGGAGCCCUUCAGCGCUGAUGUGUGGGUGAUGAUGUUCGUGAUGCUGCUCAUCGUGUCAGCCGUGGCCGUCUUUGUGUUCGAGUACUUCAGCCCGGUGGGGUACAAUCGCUGUCUGGCAGAUGGGAGAGAGCCUGGCGGUCCCUCCUUCACCAUCGGCAAGGCCAUCUGGCUGCUCUGGGGUCUGGUCUUCAACAACUCUGUCCCUGUGCAGAACCCCAAAGGCACCACCAGCAAGAUAAUGGUGUCCGUCUGGGCCUUCUUCGCCGUCAUCUUCCUGGCCAGCUACACUGCCAAUCUGGCUGCCUUCAUGAUCCAGGAGGAGUACGUGGACCAGGUCUCCGGGCUGAGCGAUAAAAAGUUCCAAAGGCCCAACGACUUUUCCCCGCCGUUCCGCUUCGGCACGGUGCCCAAUGGCAGCACAGAGAGGAAUAUCAGGAACAACUACAAAGAGAUGCACAGCUACAUGGUGAAGUUCCACCAGAAGAAUGUGGACGAGGCUCUGCAGAGCUUGAAGAGUGGCAAACUGGAUGCUUUCAUCUAUGAUGCGGCGGUGCUCAACUAUAUGGCCGGAAGAGACGAGGGCUGCAAACUGGUGACCAUCGGCAGCGGCAAGGUCUUCGCCUCGACUGGAUAUGGUAUCGCCAUACAGAAAGACUCGGGCUGGAAGAGACAAGUUGACCUGGCCAUACUUCAGCUCUUUGGAGAUGGUGAGAUGGAGGAGCUGGAGGCUCUGUGGCUGACGGGAAUCUGUCACCACGAGAAGAACGAGGUGAUGAGCAGCCAGCUGGACAUCGACAACAUGGCGGGGGUCUUCUACAUGCUGGCGGCGGCCAUGGUGCUCUCCCUCCUCACCUUCAUCUGCGAGCACCUCUUCUAUUGGCAGCUUCGCUUCUGCUUCAUGGGCGUCUGCUCCGGCCGACCAGGCAUGACUUUCUCCAUUAGCAGGGGCAUCUACAGCUGCAUCCACGGGGUCCAGAUCGAGAAGUCCAAGUCACCCCUGAACUCACCCUCUUCUGCCAUGAACAACACGCACUCCAACAUCAUGCGCCUGCUCCGCACGGCCAAGAACAUGACUUCGCUCUCAGGGGCCAAUGGCUCCCCGCACAGUGCGCUGGACUUCAUCCGCCGCGAGUCGUCCGUCUACGAUAUCUCGGAGCACCGCCGCAGCCUGGCCGGACACUCGGACUGCAAGCCCCCCUACCUGCCCGAGGACAACAUGUUCAGCGACUACAUCGGCGAGGUGGAGAGGACGUUCGGGAAUAUGCCGUUGAAGGAUAGCAACUUGUACCAGGAUCACUACCUGCACCAUCACCCGGGCUCGGGACCUGGGAUGAACCUGGGCCUGACCGGCCCCCCUCCCAACAGACCACAUAGCCUGGGGAGUGCCAGUUCGCUAGAAGGUGGUUUGUUUGACUGUGACAGCUUAGGAGGAGGGGUGGCGCCCAUAUUCACCACACAGCCCCGUGCCUCACUGACGCACAGGAACAACAGCAAAUUCGACCUCAUCGUAGGACACACCCCAUCUACCGGUCAAGGGUUCAAGCAAGACAUUUACGGGAAGUUUUCCUUCAAAGGUGGGGCGUCCAGCUCUGGUUUCAUCGCCGGACAUGACCGGUACUGCGGGGGAGGCGGUGGUGGCGGUGGUGAGGAUGGCAACAUCCGGUCGGAUGUGUCGGACAUCUCCACCCACACGGUCACCUAUGGCAACCUGGAAGGGAACGCCAAGAGACGAAAGCAGUACCGAGACAGCUUGAAGAAGAGGCCCGCAUCGGCGAAGUCCAGACGCGAGCUGGAUGAGAUCGAACUGGGGUACCGACGACGCACCCAUCACCUGUCUCAUCACCAUUACCAUGGGCCCGCGAUACACCGACCGCCCUCCCCGCCCCUGCUGCCCCUGGAGCAGAACGCGCAAAGAGGGGGAGGGGGCCCUGCCAGCAACUGUUCAUCGUACCUGUUCCGCGACAAAGAGAACCUGCGAGAUUUCUACCUGGACCAGUUCCGCCCAAAAGAAGCAAUACCCCAGUGGGAGCAUGUGGAUUUGACGGACGUGCCCGGUGGGGGCGGAGGAAUCAGGCCUGCCGGUGUAGGUGGGGGCAACAGUGGAGGAGUCAGUGGUGGCGGUGGGACCAACUGCACAAGUCUGGUGGCGGUGGAUGAUUUCCUGAAAGGGAAAGGUAAGAAGGUAGAGGGUAAGAGCGGCACCCCCACUCCUGUACAGCAAACACAGGCAUGCUGGGAAAAGAAUGUGACUGGGAUCGGGGGUGGGGGGCUGGCAGGGGGAGACUGGGAGUGUCGAAACUGCCACAGCUGUGGGACCAAACCGGUGCCUUUGCACAGCACUGGGGGGAGUGGGAGCUUCUCAGGGGGUGGAGGUCCGUGUGCUGGGGGAGGCGGCGGCGGGAACAGUGCUGUUUCCGGGCGGCCCAGUUCGGCGUGUGUGCGGUGUGACUCGUGCAAGAAGACCGGGAACUUGUAUGACAUCAGUGAAGACAACAACCCUCUUUUGGAACCGCUGGGAGGCAAGUACGAGGGUGGAAAGGGAGCACUGAUGAGCAGCGGGGCGGGCGUCCAGUCGCAGACUCAGGUGCAGCGGCGCAAGCCGGGCUUGGGCGGCAAAGUGUUGCGGAGGCAGCACUCGUACGACACGUUCGUAGACUUGCAGAAGGAGGAGGCCAGCGCGAUGGGGAUGGGAGCCGGGGGUAUGGGGCGCGGCAUGGGAGGAAUGCUGCCCCAGCCAAGGAGUGUGAGCUUGAAAGACAAAGACCGUUUCAUGGAGGGUCCAAGUCCCUAUGCCCACAUGUUUGAGAGGCACGGGGGAUCGGAGCGAGAGAGGGACCGGGACCGGGAUCCGUUGUUUUUUGGUGACCGGGGAAAAAGUGGAUCCUCCUUCGGGCUGUUUCGAAGUGGAGAAGGGGGUGGUUUCCAUCGUCGGUCUUUUGGGGAGAGGGACAGCAGGGACAGAGAGAGGGGGGUGAUGAGUGGUGACGGAGGUGGGGGACGUGGAGGAGGGAUCGGGACGUACUCCCUGUCCAAGUCCCUCUACCCAGACAAAGUCAACCAAAACCCCUUCGUUCCAACCUUUGGCGAUGACCAGUGUCUGUUACAUGGUGCCAAACCGCACUACGUCAAAAAGCAACAGCAUCAGCUCAUGAGAUCCAGAAGUGGAGAAUGGAAUGACUUGAGGAGCUCGAUGGGAGCGACCUCCUUCUUGCCCACUUCUGCCACGGGAGGGGUGAUGUCCAAUAUGCCCACCAGGCUCCCCAAGGAAGUCAGCUUGGGUGGAAUUGGGGGACCUCUAGGGAACCACCAUGGAGCCCCCACCAACAACAAGCUCCUGCAAACAAGGGAGAGCCUUGGGGGAGGGCAGACACAGAGGCCAUUCAACGGCUCCAGCAAUGGGCACGUGUAUGAGAAGUUGUCCAGUAUUGAAUCUGAUGUGUAACUGGUCGGGGGGGGGGGGGGGGGGGGAGGUAGGAGGCGGAUGUGCGAAUGUGGCAAUGACAGGGAAUGAAGGAAUUGUUGAGCGCCAUCUGCAGGGGUGGAGGGGCACAAACGAUGAUCAAAAAUGCUGGGAGAGGACAGAGCGUCCAGACAAUGGAAUACACCUGGAGAUGCAUGCAGAUAGGAACCUGCUGAAAUGUUACCAUGAAAUAUGUAUGAAACACUGGGAAGACUCACCCAUGAACUUGGCCUCAGGUACCGACGGUGUUAAAAGAUGAAGGAACGCCAGGCAAAACUGGUAGAACUGUCUUGGACAUGCGUUUACUCUGCACUUCUCUGCUCUUCACAUCUUCCUUCUUCUCAUCUUCCACUUCAAGACACCAAAACAUACAGUUUCUCCUGACCCUGGUCAGCUGUGGAAAUCCAAUUACGACUCAAAAAAACUGCAGGGUAAACUGACUAUAAUUAAGUGACUAGCAUUGUUAAUACAGUAAAUUGAGUAUAAUAACAAUGUUUUAUUAAAAUAGCUUUCAGUUGUGUGUUUAUGGAGAUAUUUUAUGCUGUUAAAUAUUUGUAGGAAAUUCUUUGUUAGCCGAUAUAGCAGGAAGCUGAAAUUCAAUUGAAACCGAGUAGCUGUUAGAACAACAUUAUGGGGUUUCCUGUUACAUUUUUAUAAUAUUAUUAUUAUUAUGGUUAUUAAUGAUCUGUGUUCAGUUAUUUAUUUGCUUAUUAGGAGUGUUGUGAAAGGUUGUGAAAGGCAUGAUUUGCACAGUACUGAACUGUACUUACGGAAUUGUAUCUUGUGGGACGUUUCAUGGUAUCUCAAAUCUUAUUGCCUGAUAAAUUUCAGCAAACGUGUUGCUUUGCAGUGGGCUUAGGACAUGUCCGUAGGUUGCUUACACGAUCUGGUCUCGCGGAGCCGAGCUCGCUGUUGUUACUGGAUAACGACCGACGCGGUGGCUACACCCAGUCAUCCUCUGCAAGAUGAGUAGGAUUUAGAGCGUCAAGUGGCGGACUCCUCAGAGCUGUCUGAGAUAUGACCCGGAUCUGCUGAGCACCGUAGCACACAUCAGCGUACACACAGGGCAAUUUAGCUCAGACGCAUUUUUACAAUUCACACGUUCUUUCCGAGCGACCAAAAAGAAAACCACACAGGAAGGAGCCCUUUACUCCGUGAACCUAGCGUCCACUGACCCGAACACGCGUUCCGGCCAAGCGGCUGGACCGAGAUGUUGCGCAUAGCACAGCCAGUGGCCCCGUGGGCUUCAUGCUAGCGUGAGCUGGAUCGGACUGGAAAUGGAGCUGGAUCGGAUUCGCCCCGAGUCUGCUUUUGGGUUUCAUGUGUCCAGAGUGGGCUUUUAAUGCCAGGCAUUUUUUACAUUCGUCUUUUUAAGGGCUGCCGGUGGAGUGAGGUGUCGAUCUUAGCACCGCGCUCCAGCUGAAAACACAUUUUCUUUUGCUUGGAGUUCAUCUCCUGAUGAUUAAAAAUAACCACAUGUAGUGUCAGAAGUUCUCAAAAUAUGUAUUUGUAGAUUUUAAAGCGAGGCAAAUGGGACGGGGUAAGAAUAAUAGUAAAUGUUGAGAAAACUAGUCAUUGAUAGAUUAGUUAAUCUGCAUUGUUUUACCCCUUCUUCAUUAUCCUGUCCUCCAUUUUCUGAAACCAUGUGUCCUAUUCAGGGUCAUGGGGAGGCAAGAGCCUAAGGGUGCAAGGCAGGGAAUGGCCCAGGAUGGGGUGCCAGCCCAUCGCAGGGCACAUUCACACACCAGUCACUCACAUAGGCACACCUAUGGGCAGUGUGGUAACUCCAAUCUCACCAUGUUCUUGGACUGUGGGGGGGAAAAAAGCAGAGUAUCCGGAGGAAACCCCACAAGGACACGGGGGGAGCAUGCAAACUCCCCACACAUGGGACCCUGAUGGAGACUUGAACUCAGAUCCCAGAGGUAUGAGGCAACUGCACCACUGCACCACUGCGCUGCCACGUCACCCCACCCGUUUUCAUUUUUUAAAAUGGAAAUUGAUUGCGCCUUGUAUUUAAAUCAGGGUCAUUCCAUUGUACUUUGAACUUAUUUUGAAAUAUUUUCUCUCUCUGUUGUUGAAAUUUUUAUACUACAACUGUGUUGGAACCUACAGUAUGAUGACCAAAAGCGAGAUGGGGAGGAGGUGAGGGCAUCUAUUGUUCUAGUUAAAGAUUCAGUGUGUUAUCUUUGAGCUUAUGUAUAUAGAAACCUUUUCACUUUGCACAAUAAGCAGACAGUCAGGAUGUAACUUUCCAUAUGGUGUUUUACACAAAAUAAAAGGUUGAAUAAAUAUGAAAAAUAUUUGAAAAAUACAAAAAAUAAAAAAUAAAUAGAACAUUAUGGGUUUUAUUGAUAACACUAUGGGUACUUUUGUUGGGAUCACAUUCCUUUAUAAUAUGUUUUAUUAACUUAUUUUAAGACUGAACUUCAUUGUUAUCAUAAAGAAAUUAUGGAUUUGCAUAGAGCAUUGUUGUGAAGUUUAGGAGUCACUGCAAAAAGUCUAUAUAUAAACAUAUAUAUGCAGAUGUAGGUCAUAUAUCGAUACAUAUAUGCAUCUAUAAAUAUAUGUAUAUAUGUAACGCAAAAAGUAUGGUCAUAUUUCAUUUUGGUAAAUUUAGUGAAUUUGUGGCUUUAUCCAUAAAUCAAGCACUUGUUAUCCACUCUAUAAGUGGCACCAGGCAGCAGGGAUUAUGGAAUCCUGCGAUUUGGGAAUCCUGCGAUUUGGGAAUACCGACAUAUGCCCGUCUUCGGAGUGAAGCGCAAAAAGGGGACACCUGCUGUGAUUAGUACUCUAAUGACGUCACCGGGUCCACAUGGCGGUCAGCGUGACUCCCAGUGUUUUCCUGGGUGUUCAUGCAGACUUUAAGAUUGUGUGCAAUACACAUAACCUGUUUUGUCAAUAGUGUAUGGCAAUCGUUUGUCAUUUUACAAGUUAUGCACUCAUUAUUUUCUUUUUUUAUCAGUAAGAAAUGUGUAAAUUCCCAUUUAAAAAAAUCACAAUCAAACACUCUUUAGACAAUCAGCUCUGGGAAAUCUUGGGAAGUUUUGUUGUUCAUUCCAGACUGACAUUUUAGUGAAAACUAAUGGGUAUGUGUGGAUAAUUGUGCGACUGUGUUUGCUAUUUCGGGAAUGGCAUUCGUUUGCUACCUUUUAAACCUCUCUAAAUAUAACGAGAGAACAUUUAAGUGUGUGUGCGCGCGCGUGUGUAUAUAUAUGUAUUGACGACAAUUUGACAGCUGUUCUAAUUGCAUUUAAAGACAGGCAGCGAAACAGUUCUUGCUGUGUACCUCUUGAAACAACGUAAAGCUCACUUUAACGACUCACUGGCAAUAGUUAUGUGAUUUCUCAUUAUGCUAGUGGUUUAUUUCUUGUAAUCUCACAUCAUACAUCAAUAUCAACACUCCAGGCAUUGCCUGAAUUAUAUUUUCAUGAUUGCAUUAAUUACAUUAAUUACCUUAAUGCCUGAAAGUCCCAGUGUCCCACAUCGCAAAGACUACAGCAGCACCAUCUGUCAAAAUUUUUAUUCGAGAGCUAAACAAAGCCUAUAAACCAGAUCAUAUAUUUAAGAUUUAGACAACUGACGUAGUCAUUCUCCUAAAAACAUGACAAAAUGUUCGAGCUACAGGCAACAUGAAAAUGGGUCAAAUGUAUAUAUAGCAAUCUAUGACUGGCAUAAGUGUGUGUGACGUCACAUACGAAGUACACAAUGACACAGACAUAGUUUUAUUAAGGACCAUUUGCAAUUUUUAUAUUUCAUUUGCAGUUAAAAACCUAAUGUGCGGUGUUGUGUUUUGUUAGUAUAGCUUUUACUUCUUUUUUCAGACGUGCGUGUGAAACGAGAUUAUGGUAAACUGUAUUUGAAUUUUGAGCAUUAGGAUACUGUACCAAUAAUACAACGAGAGAAUAAAUCAUGCCAUUUAUAUUAGUCGUUGGGAGGGACGAGCUUUUAUUUGACCUUUAUUGUCAUUUUGUCUUUUCACCGACUACGUUUUCAGUGCUGACGAGGCAAGCGGCGGGGUGCAUUUUGUAAUCUUUACAUUUUUUCCGACUGAGACUGUUUCUGUCUGCUGUCUUCUUUUUUUCCCUUGUGAAUGGGUGAGAGGCAGGCACGUGCCCGCGCGUGUCACAGGACAUAAACGGAGGGUGAAUGAGGAAUCAUGAGAAGGUUCAGUUUGUAUUACUGUGUUUUGUGAACCGGUAUGUAAAUAAUCUCCCUUUACCUUUUAAUAAAAAUUAUAUAAAAGUUAGCAAAAAAAAAAAAAGUUCCUAGAAAUUUGGGUAACAUUUUAUGGUCAAGAAUUGUUGUGGAGAAUGUUUUAUAA